CUCCACUGUCUUUAUACUCCUGCAGCUUGGGGUGGUUUCAGAUUAAGCACUGUCAUAAAAGAAUAACAAUGACUUUUUUCCACUCCAAUGAGAGUGACUGGAGUUUGUGUGCAUGUUACCAUAACAGCCAGUUUAAUAGGCCUGCCACAAAGUCCUCUGAUUGUUCUGAGCUUUUCUCACUGUUACUGGAGAGAAAAGGGAGCUGAGAAGACUUUGGCAGAAAAGAAAACUCUGUUGAGUCUGAAUAUACGUUUUUGUUUUUUUAUUCUAAGAGGCUUUUUUGAGAGAUGUUUGGACGAUACCAGAGAAGAUUCACCGAGGUGUUUUUAUCCAAAUUCAGUGAUGGGGAAAGAGAAGAAAACAGUAAAACUAGAAAAACAUGAGGCAGACAUAAGUCCGAUCAUCGUGGGUGAAGUGAAAAAAUCAAUUCCCAGGAUGAGAAUCGUGAAGUCAAAGGAGAAGAUUAAAGUUACCACGUCAAACAGCAGAUCCACCACAGACAAGGGUAAAACCACAUGUGAGACAUCAGGGAACGUAAUGAGGCUUUGUGUCAACUUGAUGCCUGUUUUAGCCUCAGCCAAGGAGCCUGUGGAGGAAGAGGAGGAGAAAAAAGAAGAUAACAGCUAUACAAGGAAAGAGGAACCAAAAACCAGCAGGAAAAAUGAACAAGCUGUCGUCAAAUUAGUGCAACAAAUACUCAAUACAAGUGACGCAGGAUUAAGUUUGAACAGAGCCACUGAUACCAAACAAUCACUAAGUCCUCUGUUUGUGCUGCCGCCUAUAACUCAACCUAAACCAGCUCCUGAGUGUUGUGACCAUCAGAGGACCAAGAAGAUCCUCUCACCUCUACCUCCUGUCAGUUCAUCUGAGAAAACAACAACAACAACAACAACCAUCUCUCCAAACUUUACAGCUAAAGGCAGUGGAGACGAUGCAUCAGUUACAGACAGCAGGCCCUGGAUAGAUAAUCCUCUAUUCUCUAACAGUAAGUCUCCUGAGUUUCGUCUUCCUGACAUCUCCCUUUCCAGCCUGGACGCUCUGCUGCAGGCGGUCACACAGAAACUGGGGAGGAAGAAGAGAGGCGGUGACGAAGAGUCAUGGAGAAAAGUCCAGUCGCAUCACCUCCUCACGGCUGUUAGUGAACAGUGUUUGAGAGAGAAGAGGGUCAGGCAGCUGACUGACAGAGUGAAUAUUGGAGCUGCAACAGAAACAUCAGUGGGUGGACACAGUGUGAACAGACAGAGGAGCCUUCCUCCACUUUUUUCUGCACCUAAACCCACACUCAUCCUCUCCAUGACGAAGAAAAACCUCCUGACGUCCACCACAACGCUGCAAUGACUCAUCAAAAAAACACAGCAGGCUGGACUCACAUACACAAACAGCACAGUGUUUUAAAAACUGAUACAGGAAACAAUAUAUUUUUAUUUUCCCUCAUGACAAAACAUUCACAACAGACACAUACCCGUUGUUUUUCCUACAGUAGUAUAUGUUCAGUAUAUAAUAUACAUCUUAUAGUAGAUGCUCAGAUAAAUUAAUGUUCAAGUAGAGCUCUUCAAGCUUAAUACCCUCAAAGUACAUUUGGUAAAACAGACUUUCAUUCCAAAAUGAGACAAACAUCAUUUAAAUCCAGCUUAGGUUUUGCAUAAUUCCAGCCUUUUCAAUACAUUUAACUUUUUUUUAAAAAACAUAUAACAGUUUGCAUUUUGGGAUGAAAAACCCCUCUGAUAAUGUUUGUCUCAUGCCUAUAACUGUAGUUACUAUUGUAACAAUCCUCUAAAUAUGUAACAGCGCAUUACAGUGCAGUAACAACCUGCUUUAAACAUUCAGUCAGCCAUAUCAUUUUAGAUAGAAAAUAAAUAAAUAAAUAAAGGGUUUAUUAUAAGAAACUGAAUGAAUGGAUGAAUUAAUUAAAAAAUAACCAAAG